AUGGGCAACCUUCUAAGUCCCUCAGAGAAAAGUCAGGAUCUAAAAAAUGUCUCAUACAAAGGUGGAACCUGUCCAGACGACACUCAAGAGGUAAUCCGUCUGAAACGAGAUCUGCAAAUUGCCAACGUAGCCAGAAACAAACACGAGGAGGGAGCCGCCUACUUUAAUCUUGGCUUGGCCUAUAGGAGCCUUAAAGACUUUAAGAGAGCCAUUGACUACCAUGAACUUUCUCUAAACCUUUUCAAAGAAACGGGAUGCAGGGGUGCACAAGAAAUUUUCAAGGAAGUGGGCGACAAAGGCUGGAGAGGGAAGCCGAGUUAUGGCAAUUUCGGUAAUGCCUAUCAAAGGUUAAGAAAUUUUAGAAAAGUGAUCGAAUACCAACAACUUGCAUUAGGAAUUUUCAAAAAACUGGGAGACAAGGCUGGAGAGGGAAACAGUUAUUGCAAUCUCGGUAAUGCCUAUGACAAGUUAGGAAAUUUUAUAAAAGCUAUCGAGUACCAACAACUUGCAUUAGAAAUUUUUAAAGAAGUGGACGAUAAGGCUGGAGAAGGAAACAGUUAUGGCAAUAUCGGUAAUGCCUAUUACGGGUUAGGAAAUUUUAAAAAAGCUAUCGAGUACCAACAACUUGCAUUAGUAAUUAGAAAAGAAGUGGGCGACAAGUCUGGAGGGGGAAGCAGUUAUUGCAGUCUCGGUGCUACUUAUUAG